AAGGCGGUGUCGUUGCGUUGUUGAAGCGCCUUUCACGCCUCCGCAUCUCAUCCACGCCGUUUAUCCCGCCGUCGGUUAAUCAUUUUUCACCUAAGCGUCUUCUCCGUGGCCGCGAACGUUCCUUCGUCCCAGCAUUUCUUUUAAUUUACUUAUAAUUCGUUAAAGAAUUCAACUUUUGGCGUCUCAAGGGCAUCUCCAGUGUAAUGCUGCUGGGAGAAAACACAUCUUCACCACGUAAACAAAGAUCGCCAUCAAGCUGACGACGUCACUCCACGGAUUGUUAUCAAGCUGACGUCAUCCUACAGAUUUGAAUGGGCUGUUAUAAAAACCAUAAAUACAGUUAACUUAUCUAAUCCCAUAAUCUCAUUGUGGAUUCAACCCUCGCCGCACCCGCGCAGAGAAGCAUGACCUCUCACAAGAGACCUGUCCGGGCUCGGCCCGAUUCCGACAACAAUUCCUCCGUUAGCCGUGACCCGAGCGCACCAGGUGUGGAAGAGGGCCCCGGUCUCCUGGCCAAGCUGAUGGAGCUUCCUGUGGCCCGUCUGUCCCGGCAGCAGCUCAAAAGACUGGAGGAGCAUCAGUACAGCAGUGCGGGACGGUCCCUCCUGGAGCCCUUCAUGCAGGGAUUCUGGUGCUGGCUGGUGAGCAAAGUGCCUCUCUGGAUGGCGCCGAACCUCAUCACCAUAGUGGGACUCGCUACUAAUAUUAUCAGUACUCUGAUACUGGUGUACUACUGCCCUACUGCCACCGAACAGGCACCAACGUGGGCAUACUUAGCCUGUGCUUUGGGUCUGUUCAUCUAUCAAUCGUUGGAUGCCAUUGAUGGAAAGCAGGCACGACGGACAAGUAGCAGCACACCUCUCGGAGAGCUCUUUGACCAUGGCUGUGACUCUCUCUCUACAGUGUUUGUGGUCCUGGGCACCUGUAUAGCAGUGCAGCUGGGUACUCACCCUGACUGGAUGUUUUUCUGUUGUUUUGUGGGCAUCUUCAUGUUUUAUUGUGCCCACUGGCAGACGUACGUUUCUGGAACGCUGCGCUUUGGCAUAAUUGAUGUGACUGAGGUUCAAAUCUUCAUUAUAAUCAUGUACUUACUGGCUGCCUUUGGAGGAACGACUUUUUGGCAAUCUGUGAUCCCUGUGAUAAAUAUCCAGAUUAAAAUAAUACCUGCCCUUUGCACUCUUCUGGGUGCCGUUUUCUCCUGCACAAACUACUUCCGGGUUAUAUUCACAGGCGGAAUGGGCAAAAAUGGAUCUACUAUUGCGGGAACAAGUGUUUUGUCUCCAUCCUUCCAUAUAGGAGUGGUAAUCACACUUGCUCUAAUGAUCUAUAAGAAGUCAUCAGUGCAGCUAUUCGAGAGACAUCCCUGUCUCUACGUCUUAGCGUUCGGUUGUGUCUCCGCCAAACUCACCAACAGACUGGUGGUUGCUCAUAUGACAAAGAGUGAAAUGCAUCGGAACGACCUGGCCUUCACCGGACCAGCUCUGCUGUUUCUGAAUCAGUACUUCAACAGUUUCAUCAAUGAGUACUGUCUUCUGUGGGUCGCUCUGGUGCUGUCGGCGUUUGAUCUGGUGCGGUACUGCGUGAGUGUCUGUAAUCAGAUCGCCUCACACCUAAACAUCCGUGUGUUCAGCAUCCAGCCUCCGUCUCCAUCCAGGGUUCAGGCAGACAGCAGAAAUCACCACUAACCUGGCGUCCGCUCUCCCUCAGACACCUCCAGUAGGUCACGCACUUCAGUGAAUGUACAACACGGCGCGCAGAGACCCAGCCCAAAUGGCUGCGGUUACGAACUUUGUUCGAGAAGGUAUUUGAAGGACGAAAGGGAAUAUUAAACAGGAUAUGCUUCCUACGGUUAGAACGCCAUUCAGUUGUCAGUAUUUUGUUGUUAGAUGAUCAAUUUCAUUUGCCAUAGUUAGAUUUGACGCAACUAUGAAUGUCUACUUUUUUGUGUGCGUGUGUGUUUGUGUGUGUUUUUGGGGUUUUUUUUGCUUUGUUUUGGACCAAGUAUUUUGCCCAGCAGUGUAGAAAUCCGCCUGAAUGUAAUUUUAUAAUUACAGAUUACAGUCAACUGGAAACUUUUACUGCAAAAUGAAACGUCAAAAUUGAACCUUAAACACCACUGUCACUGUUGCCUGUACAAAGCUGUGCUGUUGUCUGAGAAAUACAGAUCUUAUGACAAGAAAAACAAGCACGAUAGUUUCAAUAUUUCACAUUUAAAAAUCCAGCUCGGUAAACUAAUCUGUGCAUCCAUACAGUAUGUAUCAUUUAUCUUUCUAUGCAUAUGUUACUUUGUGUUUGUAGUGUUUUGGGGAUUAUUAUUAUUAUUAUUAUUUUUGAGGUAUACCAAUGACACUAAAUGAUAAAAACUGUAUUAGAAACAGUAUUUUGAUAGUGCCAUAUUUUCCUAAUAACUGGGGCCAAGAUAGACCUCUACAGUGGUUCUGAUUGAGUUACGCUGUACAUAUAUAAACCCUUAAUAACAGACAUUAAAAUCUAAAAAAAUCAGUGUUUGUGGUCUAAAUACUUUAGUUAAUGUGAACUUGUGCUAAAUUAUUUUUCGUGCCUUUUUGUUUUUUUGUCACUGUCGGGAUACUACUCUAUGCACAGUAAAAGUUGGACUCAGUGAUUUUGAUAUUUUUUAACCUCUUGUGUAAAUCAUAUUUUGUUUGUAAGCAUCGUCCUCAACAAGGAUGCAAUUUCAUAUUUCUGCAUGUUGCGUUAAUUAAUCAGCCAUUAUGUCUUUUUUACAUGGCACUUUUUUUUUUUUUUUUUUUUUUUUUUUUUUUUUUAGAGAAAACUGGAUUUAUUUUAUUUUUUUUUUUUUUACAGAUUUAUAUUGCAAAACAAUACUCUGUGGUCCUGUAUCGGGUGCUUCCAAGCGUAGAAUAUAAACAGAGUGGCCGAACUCCAUGUGUAUUUCUCAAAGUACGUUAUUGUUUUGCAUCUACCUCCGAGCAGUUGCUUGUACGCGUUAUUUUAGUCUCUCUUUCGGUUUGAGGCUUUUAUUGAAAAUGUUUUAAUCCUGUUGUGAACGUUAUUUAAGUGGGUUUCUGUGUAUUUUUGUUUCGUCUUUUUUAAACGCGUCGUCCAUUCACCCCCGGCCGCUCUGAGGUCAACCAAAGCUGCAAUACACACAUAGUUGAAGAAAAUGAUGUCUGUCAAUGCCAUCUACAAGACAUGCAUAAGUUGUACCUUGACCAGGAUUUUUUGUUGUUUUGUUGAUUUACAGCAAAUACUUUACUUUGUAAUAGACUAAUGCCCAUCAAAUAAAGAUUGUUAUAUUUAUGUUAACAGA